CCCGCCCGCCCGCCCGCCCGCUGUAUGCCCCGGGGGCGCGGCCAUGGAGGUGGUGGGCGACUUCGAGUACAGCAAGAGGGACCUCGUGGGACACGGGGCCUUCGCCGUGGUCUUCAGGGGGCGGCACCGCCAGAAAACUGAUUGGGAGGUAGCUAUUAAAAGUAUUAAUAAAAAGAACUUGUCAAAAUCACAAAUACUGCUUGGGAAGGAAAUUAAGAUCUUAAAGGAACUUCAGCAUGAAAAUAUUGUAGCACUCUAUGAUGUUCAGGAAUUACCCAACUCUGUCUUUCUGGUGAUGGAGUACUGCAAUGGUGGAGACCUGGCAGAUUAUUUGCAAGCUAAAGGAACUCUCAGUGAAGAUACUAUUAGGGUGUUUCUGCAUCAGAUCGCAGCUGCCAUGCGGAUUCUGCACAGCAAAGGAAUAAUCCACAGGGAUCUCAAACCCCAGAACAUCUUGCUGUCAUAUGCGAAUCGCAGAAAAUCCACCGUCAGUGGUAUUCGCAUCAAAAUAGCGGAUUUUGGGUUUGCCCGUUACCUGCAGAGUAACAUGAUGGCUGCAACACUGUGUGGGUCCCCAAUGUACAUGGCUCCUGAAGUUAUUAUGUCUCAACAUUAUGAUGCUAAGGCAGACCUGUGGAGCAUAGGAACGGUGAUAUAUCAAUGCCUAGUUGGAAAACCGCCUUUUCAGGCCAAUAGUCCUCAAGACCUCAGGAUGUUUUAUGAAAAAAACAGGAGCUUAAUGCCUAGUAUUCCCAGAGAAACAUCACCUUACUUGGCUAAUCUCCUCUUGGGUUUGCUUCAGAGAAACCAGAAAGAUAGAAUGGACUUUGAAGCAUUUUUUAGCCAUCCUUUUCUUGAACAAGUUCCAGUGAAAAAAUCCUGCCCAGUUCCAGUGCCCGUGUGUGCUGGCUCCGUCUCUGGGAGCUCCUGUGGCAGCUCUCCAUCCUGUCGCUUUGCCUCUCCACCAUCCCUUCCAGAUAUGCAGCAUAUUCAGGAAGAAAACUUAUCCUCCCCACCAUUGGGUCCUCCCAACUAUCUACAAGUGUCCAAAGAUUCUGCCAGUACUAGUAGCAAGAACUCUUCUUGUGACACGGAUGACUUUGUUUUGGUUCCACACAACAUCUCGUCAGACCACUCAUAUGAUAUGCCGAUGGGAACUGCUGGCAGACGUGCUUCAAAUGAGUUUUUGGUGUGUGGAGGUCAGUGUCAGCCCACUGUGUCGCCUCACAGUGAGACCGCACCAAUUCCAGUUCCGACUCAGAUAAGGAAUUAUCAGCGCAUAGAGCAGAAUCUUACAUCUCCUGCCAGCUCUGGCACAAAUAUACAUGGUUCUCCAAGAUCUGCAGUGGUACGAAGGUCCAACACCAGCCCACUGGGCUUCCUCCGGCUGGGAUCCUGCUCCCCAGCGCCCGCAGACACAGUGCAGACAGUCGGACGAAGACUCUCCACUGGAUCUUCCAGGCCUUACUCACCUUCCCCUUUGGUUGGGACCAUUCCGGAGCAGCUGAGUCAGUGCUGCUGUGGGCAUCCUCAGGGUCACGAAUCCAGGAGUAGAAACUCAUCAGGUUCCCCAGGGCCACCGGCUCCGUCACCACAGUCUCUCCUGUCGGGCGCUAGGCUGCAGAGCGCCCCGACCCUCACCGACAUCUACCAGAACAAGCAGAAACUCAGAAAGCAGCACUCAGACCCUGUGUGCCCGUCCCACGCCGGGGCUGGGUACAGCUGCUCACCUCAGCCCAGUCGGCCCGGCAGCCUCGGAACCUCUCCCACCAAGCACACGGGGUCCUCUCCUCGCAGUUCAGACUGGUUCUUUAAAACUCCUUUACCAACCAUCAUUGGCUCUCCUACUAAGACCACGGCUCCUUUCAAAAUACCUAAAACGCAGGCGUCUUCCAACCUGCUAGCCUUGGUGACUCGCCACGGGCCCUCUGAAGGGCAGACGAAAGACGGGAGCGACCCACGGGAGUGCCCUCAUUGUCUCCUAGCUCAAGGCGGCGAGAGGCAGAAGCCUGAGCAGCAGAACAAAGCGGUGUUUGGCAGAUCUGUCAGUGCUGGGAAAUUAUCAGACCAACAAGCGAAGAUACCUUUAGGUGGACAUCAGGGCAGCACGGACAGUUUAAAUACAGAACGACCAAUGGAUAUAGCCCCUGCAGGAGCUUGUGGUGGUGGACUGGCACCUCCUAUAGGAACAGCAGCAAGUUCCAGAGCUGUCCUGUUCACUGUAGGAUCUCCUCCACACAGUGCCACGGCCCCCACUUGUACCCAUAUGGUCCUUCGAACAAGAACAACCUCAGCCGGCUCCAGCAGCCCUGGGGGCUCCCUGUGCUCCGCCAGCAGCCGCGUGUGUGUGGGCUCCCCGCCGGGGUCCGGUUGGGGGGCUUCCCCUCCGGGAGCUGAGGCUGCUCCCAGCCUGAGAUACAUGCCAUAUGGUGCUUCACCCCCGAGCCUGGAGGGGCUCGUCACCUUUGAAGCCCCGGAGCUGCCGGAGGAGACGCUGAUGGAGAGAGAACACACAGACACCUUACGCCACCUCAAUGUGAUGCUGAUGUUCACGGAGUGCGUGCUGGACCUGACGGCCGUGCGGGGCGGCCACCCGGAGCUGUGCACAUCCGCUGUCUCCUUGUACCAGAUCCAGGAGAGUGUGGUCGUGGACCAGAUCAGCCAGCUGAGCAAAGACUGGGGGCGCGUGGAGCAGCUGGUGUUAUACAUGAAAGCCGCACAGCUCUUAGCAGCCUCUCUGCAUCUCGCCAAAGCCCAGAUCAAGUCCGGGAAGCUGAGCCCGUCCACGGCUGUGAAACAAGUUGUCAAAAAUCUGAAUGAACGAUACAAAUUCUGCAUCACCAUGUGCAAGAAACUUACAGAAAAGCUGAAUCGCUUCUUCUCUGACAAACAGAGAUUUAUUGAUGAAAUCAACAGCGUGACUGCAGAGAAACUCAUCUAUACUUGUGCUGUCGAAAUGGUUCAGUCUGCCGCCCUGGAUGAGAUGUUUCAGCAGACCGAAGACAUCGUUUAUCGCUACCAUAGGGCAGCCCUUCUUCUGGAAGGCCUCACUAAGAUUCUCCAGGACCCUGCCGACAUCGAAAAUGUACAUAAAUAUAAAACUAGUAUUGAAAGAAGAUUGUCAGCACUCUGUUGUAGCUCCGCGACCCUGUGAGCAGCUGCAGGCUCGUCCCUGGACCAGCAGUGGGACUGAGGAGAGAGGUUUGGGAUGACAGCUUGGGUUCUGUUUCCCCAGCCCCAGGAAACCCUAGUCUCCCACCUGGUGACUACCAAAGAACAAGCAUGACUUCAAAAAGGAAAACCACCCAAAAAAAACUACAGACUUGUAGGAAAUCUGCCUUAUUGGAGGCGUCUGCCCUUCCCUUUUCUCUGUAGAAGCAGAAGCAGAAAUAUUCCACUUGGCUCUCAGUUUUGACGGGGUCAAUAAAUGGACCUUAGAAAUAGAA